CAUUCAACGCCAAUUCACAAUCCUUCACGGCUUCACCUUCGCAACUUCUAGAAGCUUCUUUCUACGCUCCCUCCCUCACCAUGGGCAACGGCCUCUCCCCUUGUCUGUGUCCCAGAGCCGAGCGCGGCGAGACGGCGCGACUGGUGUUCUGGGGUGGGUCGGCGAGGAUGGCCGACGAGCGGCUGUCCAUCACCGCCGGGGACGUCACGGCGGAGCUCCCAGACCAGCACCUCGUCUGCGCCGCGGACUCCUUCUUCAUCGGCCUGCCGGUCCCGGCGCUGUCUCCGUGCGAGCGGCUCGUGGCCGGGCGGACCUACUUCGUGCUCCCCGCGGCGCGCUUCUCCUGCAGCCAGGCGCUCACCGCCGCGACGCUCGCCAAACUCUCGCCGUCCUCCGCGGCGAAGGUGCCCCUCGCCGGCGGCGCAGCGUCCCCUUUCGAGUACGUCACUGGCUCCGACGGCGCGCCGCUCAUCAGGAUCCUGCCCGAGUUCAUCGAGAAGGUGAUCACGUCAUGCGGCGGCGGCAAGGGCGGCACGGCGGCGACGGAGCACCUGUGCAGCACGCCGGAGCUGAGGAAGCACUACAUGCAGCUUGUCGGGGCGCGGGCGGAGAGGCCGUGGUCGCCAGGGCUUGAGACGAUAUCCGAGGCCGACAAGAGGAGGAGGAUGCUGUCGCCAGUGAGGCUGGUCGGGCUGGCAAUGCCUUCUUCAAGAUAGCCUGCUGCAUAUGCAUGGAUAGAUUGACAUAUCAGGAUAGAGAAUUUACGCUUCUUGAUGCAAGAGGCAGAAGAAGCAAUGUAGAUACAAAUACAGAAACGAGAGAGUAGGCACAUUGGAUUUAGUUUUAGUUCAUCAAUUUUUUUUCAUUCUCUCCUUUAAACAGAGGAUACUCCAACUGGAUGGAAUCAUGGAAGUUAUUAAAUAAAUUGCAUAUGUCAUCAAAGUUUG